AUGACUAACCUGGCGUUUCCUCGUGGACGCAGGACGGAGGACUGGGAUGGGCGCCACCAAGGUGGUCUGGUGCUGUUCGGCCUGCUGAGUCUCCUCAUGGACGUCUUCAAGAUCGGCAACUACGUGGGCUACCUUCGCUGCGACUCUGCCGUCAAAGUGGCCUUCCCUGCCGUCCAAGCCGUCUUUUUGAUCAUUCAGACUUACUUCCUGUGGGUCCACGCCAAGGACUGCGUGCAGCUCCAUACGAACGUCACGCGGUGCGGCCUCACGCUCACCCUGUCCGCGAACCUGGUGGUGUGGAUGUCUGCGGUUACCGAGGAGUCUCUCCACCAGACGGACGCUCCCUACGUGAACAUGAGCGCCCCACACAGGAUGUACAGAGCCGCUUACGUCACCAAGUGCAACUGCAGCCACUCGGCGUGCAGCACCUUCGAGGAGGCCUUCUACUACCUGUACCCUUUCAACAUCGAGUACAGCCUCUUCGCCUCCGCCAUGGCCUACGUCAUGUGGAAGAACGUGGGCCGCCUGGUGGAGGACCACGGCCACCGCCACGUCGGAUUCCGGCCCAAGGAGGCACGCCUGGGCCCGGUGGCGGGCCUGCUCUUGGUGGUAGUGGGGCUGGUGACGUUCAUCGUCUACGAAGUGGAGAUGGCCCAGGAAGACCGGGGCGAGCAGUCGCACGCCCUCCUCAUCCAUUUCGUCAUGAACAUAGUCAUCGUAAGCCUCAUGUGCGUCUUCACCGUCGUGGGCUGCGUGGUGUACCGGCUGGACCAGCGGGAGCACGUCUCGGAGAAGAACCCCACCCGCAGCCUGGACGUGCAGCUCCUGGUGGGGGCCUCCAUGGGGCAGUUCAUCAUCAGCUACUUCAGCAUCGUCGCCACGGCGGCCGACGGGGCCCGAGGCUACCUGAACGCCCUCAACCUGGCGUGGGGGGUCGUGAUGGUGGUGCAGCUGGGCCUGCAGAACUACUUCAUCAUCGAGGGGCUGCACCGGGAGCCCUUCCACUCCAUGCGAGAGGCGGCCCUGCACAGCAACGCGCACGCCUCGCAGGAACACUCGGAGGCGAGCGCCGUCACGGGGGUCCGCGAGUCCAGCUGCCCGUUGACGUCCGUCACGCGGCUCAGCUGGAAAAGGAGAGUGCUGAAGGAAGUGGCGCCCUUUCUGCUGCUAGCUAACGUCAUUCUGUGGAUUAUGCCCGCCUUUGGUGCUCGCCCCCAGUUUGAUCACAGCGUGGAGAUCAAGUUCUACAAGUUCACUAUGUGGGCUGCUAUUGUCAAUAUAGGACUCCCUUUCGGGAUAUUCUACCGCAUGCACACAGUCGCCAGUCUUUUUGAGGUCUAUGUUAUAACAUAGGUUGGCCUCUUUCCGUUUCCAAUGGCUUCUUUUUUAAAAUAGGACAUUUUUAAUUUUUACCAAUAAACUAAGAACUCCUUAGAUCACGUAAUAUGUGUAGUUUUACUUUUUUUUACUUGAUCAUUAAAACUUUCAAAGUUAUACUUUAAACAUUACUCGUACAAGUAAAUGCUUUAUGAUGGUGUCAAUUUGACCCUGGAACAGAUCAAUUCACUGCAUUUUUAAUGGUGAAAAUUGUUUAGAAAAUGAGAGCAUUGGAGUCUGCCAGGCAACUCUGCAUUGUCAAGUCAGGUUUAAGUUGGGUGAACGAGUCACAGGAGGAGAACAUGUGAUCAGCAUUCUGGCAAUUUUCCAAAUUAUAUUGGGAAAUAUUUAUGAAAUAUUUAUUUGAAUGUACAACACCCAAAACCAGUGGAGUUGGCACGUUGUGUAAACGGUAAAUAAAAACUGAAUACAA